UCAUCUUGAGCUUACAAGCCUUUGGGCUCGCAUUCUGAGAAAUAUAAACUACGAGGCGUACUUCCAGUGUGUACGUGAGCAUUAUACUUUUGUUCAAGCUAUCCACAUCCACCACUCCAGCAACUUGAUAAGCAAUGUCUGAAGAACCCGGCAAGCGGCUCGAGGAUCCGUCGCAGAGAACUUCCCUUGACGCAAACCCACCAGGGGACCAACACGUGGAGUAUGUCAAUGCGGAACCUGAAACCAUGUCAAGUGGUACCGGGAGGCUUUCGGCAGGACGGGGGGCCAUCCUGGCCAAUGCUGCCAGAGAGUUGCAGGAUGUCGCUGCUAAACAGCCAACUAGCCAUACGAGCAAUAGGCUCCAACCUCUACAUCUGGGGACGCGAAGAUCUCGACCAUAUGGAGAACCAGUCGUCCCGCCAACGUGGACAGAGGGGCCUCAGGGCAAGAAGUAUCAUCGACAAAUGCCCGUUGGUGAGAUGGUAGUACCGACUCAGGCUGGCACAGGUGAAGGUUACAAUUAUAGUUCAUACAAGCGGCCGCCUUUAUUCACACAGGCCCCCAAGAACAAGGUCCAUCGGCCAAAGUCCCCAACCGAAGGACACAGUCGAUACUUAGCAGGAACAUUAAAGAUGCUAUCCAUGCAUAAUAACCCUCCCCAACAGGAAAAUGACCCAAACAACGGAAUAGACAUGCCGCCGACUGAGUACAUGGUCCAAGAACCGCCAUACAUUGCGGAUGAUGGUGGAGUCACAAAUCAGGCUCGUGGGGGUAAUGUGGUAGUCUAUGAACAAUAUGACCCAGACAUCCAUCCUCACCCGCCCCCCGAUCCCCAGUUAUAUGGAUUUGGAUGCCUCGAGGAGGAGCGCCCGACAGGCCAUCAAGACAAGGUGCGAAAGCUUUAG